AUUUGAUUUGUACGAAUCAGUAUUUCAGUGUAAAAGUUGUGAUUCAAUUUACCCUGCAGAAAUUCAAGACUACAUUGCGUCUGGUUACUUUCCUGGAAACCCCAAAAGAACGAAUUUUUUUAUUUCUUCUGAUCUCUCAGAGUUUUGGUUUCAUCUCAAGUAUUUAACACCUGGUACCUCCGAACAAAAAUUUCUUGAAACAUUAUCUGCCAAAUCACUCAAGGCAGGAAGGAAUGGUACAAUAAAUACUCCGCUUUUUAACAAAGCCGUGAAGGCUUAUGAAUAUAUCAGUCACUUAGUUGAUACCAAAAUUUGUAAAAUGGAGAAGCGGCGAUGCAGAUCUUGCACUCCAUUUCAAUUGUCGUGCCAUCCUGAUGGAUAUCACAAGUUAAUCAAAAGAAGACGCCUCAAUGAACGAGUUAAAAGGUCAUGGUACGGCGAUGCCAUAAUUAUGCGGGAUGAAGACUUUAAUGUCUUAAACAAAAAAAUCAACAGUUAUAAACCGCAAGGGAAAAAUACAAUAGGAGCUCAAAAAUGUGGAAACUCGCAGUUUGAGGCUGCCCGAGAAGUUUCGAAACGAUUUAAGGGGUUAGAGGUAACCGGCAACGUAAUGACGUCCUGUGGGCAUGGCGUAAUUCAGUGCUCAAUUGACAUGCACGAAGGGGAAACCUUCCGUCAUACCUUUGCAUCUCAUGUUAAAGUGCACUCACUGAAAAACCAAAAACAGCAUAAGAAUUUAAAUAUUACUGAAACCGAAAAGAACACUGAAGAUGAAUCUGCAAACACCGUUUUUUUUUGACCAAAAUUUUUUGUCAACGACGUCGUGUGUCAAUACUGGCCAUUCGCGAUCAAGAUGGGAGAGCUAUCAGAGGCCUACUCAUAUCUUACUUCUGAUAUGGUCCCUUUCCUCUCUCGGCUACACGGCCAAGCGCAUAGCUGGCCAUGCCAAAUCCUACAUUUUGGUCAUUGGAGAGAUGGAUCAGCUGGAACUUUAGGAGAAGAACAGGAACAAGUAUUUUCUACUUUUUCAAGCUAUAGUAAUUCAACAAAAACAAUGGGAGCAGCAAACAGACGAGAUUUUUUAACCGGAGCAAUGUUUUAUUGGAACGGCAGAAAAGAAAAAGGAAUGGCUCGUACUUUCACUAGACGAAUGCUGAUUGCUAUAUAUAGAGUUCAGUUUUAUCAUGAAAGACUGAACAAAUUACUAUCAGCGAAAAAAAUGAAAUUGUCUGAAUUACCUGUAAUUCAAGCUUCGUUGGAAGAAGAGGCCCGUGUUGCACGAGAGAAAGAGAAGAUCGUCAAAUUAAAGUGGGAUUACCUAUCGGAGUUAAAAAGUGAACUGGAACGAAUUCACUUCCAACACGUAACUUUGCACGACAGAAUUUCGAGUGUGGCAGUUUCUUGCAAAUGGCGAACUAAACUUAGAAGAAAGCAAACUUUAUUAAAAGCGAAAGCUGUUACAGUAAUGAACGACAUAAACGACCUGGGGAGCUGA